UUUCAGCUUUUCUAACUCCGAAACAUAAUUUUGUCUUGUAUUAUAAUAGGCUGCAGAAAAUGUAACACCAAACACUUACCUGUAAGUUAUUAUUGGCUCCCACCAAACGCCACGCUGAAAAUCGAUGCCAAACAUGACAUACCGCUCUCGGAGACGAAGUUACUAAGUGCUACCUCAAUUUCGACUGCCAAUUAAAUAAAUACCUAGAGCAUCGCGAACUCGAAGUUAGAAUUAUCACAAACUACUCAUCAUGACGCUGUAUACACCUCUGGACUCAGAUCUGUGCCAGAUUCGGCGUCUGAUCCUUCAACCAGCUGCCAACUUCGAUGAUCCUCUCUACAGUCAUCUCGAUAUCGUUUCUCUGGAGUCGAAACCAGAUUUUGAAGCUCUUUCAUAUGUUUGGGGCUCAACCACACCAGCCAAAACCAUCAACCUCGGUGACCGCCUGGUUGCCAUUGGCCCAAAUCUCGACAAUGCUUUGCGAAACCUCCGUCUUCUUGCCGCACCUCGUAUUCUCUGGGUUGAUGCUUUAUGUAUAAAUCAGGAUGAUCUUGAUGAACGUGCAUCACAGGUUGCACUUAUGAGACGAGUCUAUUCCGACGCAACCACUGUGUUGAUAUGGCUCGGACCGGAGGCAGAGGGCAGCGAACAAGCAAUGCGGAGUGUUGAAAGAUUUGACAAAGCAUAUUGGCAAACUUAUGAUUUUCAAGCCCAAUUUAUGGAGAUCUUGUUUCGACCCUGGUUUACACGGAUUUGGACGGUGCAGGAGUUCGUCAUGGCAAAGCAUAGCGUCGUGGAUGGAAGAAUGAAAAAUCCUCUAUUUGGAUGCGGAAAUGUUUGGGUUGAAUGGUUGCCAUUCAUAACAGCAUGGGCACAUUUCUCAGACGAUAGGAACAUCAUUGAAGAUAAAUACAAGAGAGCGUAUCGCGACGCGGUGGUAGAGACUUUUCGACUUGAAUGGAUUCGGACUGCUAAUACAAGACCAGUGGGCACAGAACAGACUUCUCUAGAAGGUGUAAUCACAGGGCUGAGGAGUGCUUUUGGCGAAAACUUUCUGCAGGAUUUACCGUACUGUACCGUACUAGAGAUAGCCGAAGAUAUCAAUCUCGAUCCAGUAGUAUGGAGAGCCAGAUACACGGUCAUGAGACAUUUUCAAUAUGAUUCUGUCGAAGCGAAAGCAUUUUGGAGAAGAAUGGAGCAUAUGAAACGCGUUCCAAUUACCUAUCACGGAUUUCUCAUGCACUCUCGUGGCUCUAUCCACAUACGAAAAGAAUCUCUCAGCCUUGAAACUGUCUUGAAAGGUACAAUGAACUUGCGCUCUACCGAUCCGCGCGACAAGAUAUAUGGUAUCCUAGGCUUGCUCAGCGAGGAGGCCAGAGCCGCAAUUCCCAUUGACUACCACAAGCAGCCAGAAUGGACAUUUGUACCGACGAUGACUUACAUCAUCCAGCACGAGCCAGAGGGACUAGCAUUGCUUGGUCUUCUUUGGCGAACACGCCAUUUCAAAACCCCCCUUCCCUCAUGGGUCCCAGACUUCACCAUCUCGGCUGAUUUUAACGACGAACACAAUCCAGUUUUUCUGCGUGGGAGUUGUGCAAACCACGAUUAG